UGAGCUAGAUGUAAAUACUGUAGAUCAAUAUGCUGAAGGUAAUGUUCUAUUAGAAAAUAAUGAAAUUGAAAAAAUAAUUGCUAAAUUACUGGAUGAAAGUUCAUAUACGCCAGAGACAGCUCAAACCAUAGCAAUAUAUCUACAAAUAAUUGAAGAAUCUGUUGCUACAGAAGAAAUACUUGAUGAUAAUGUAAUCAUUUUUAUAGUUCUUCAAGCUGAUGAAAAUGAAGAAUCAGUUGGGCAAAAAAUUAAAGAUAAAAAUGAAGUAUCUGAUUUAUCUGUAACAGCUGCUAAAGUAUUUAAUGCAAUGCAAACUGUUAUCCAAAAUGAAGAACAGGAAAUUUCAGAGUUAAAUCUCUCUCUUGAAAAACUAGGAUUUUAA